AGGCGUUCAAACAGCGCUCGAGGCGCGCGGCGGUGGUGGCGGCGCGUCUUUUUGUUUCCGUUGCAGCAGCACGGGACGGGGCCGAGCGAGCAAACCGAGAGCAGCUGCGGGUAACGGCUCGGCCGCGCGCUGUCGGGUGGGGCUGGGGAGCCUCCUCUCUGCCCCGUGUCCGGGCCGCGGGCCCUGCUCCCGCCGAGCUAAGCGGGGAGACGGUCCGAGAGGGGAGUGCGGGUGCCCGGCGGGGUCGUUAGCUGAGCCCUCGCUCCCGCACCCAUACGCACGUAGGGGUGUGUGUGUGUGUGUGUGUGUUGCAUUAGUGAUUUUCUUCAUCAUGGAGGUGACGGGAAAUUUCUUCAGCAAACUGCGGGCUUUAGCUGUCACUCUGGAGAAAGAGGCUGAGCAACUUGAACAAGCAUUAAAUAGAGAAGAUACUCAAUAUGAAGAUGAAUCUCCAAUGAGAGUUUUACAUGACCUGCAUUGUGAAGUCAGGACUCUAAAGGGUGAUGUUAACGCUACCCUUGAUCAGAGUCGCUCUGAAAGACAAGAAACUUAUGAUAUCAUGAAAGCCAUUAAAGUACUGAUGCAAAGAAAUACAACAGAUCUUGAAAAAAUAAGAGAACUGUUCCAGAAAUAUGGUUAUCAACCACUUGUUAAAGAUAACUCAGUGGAGGACAAGGAGGAAGUUAACCAUGCAUCUGAGGUAUCUGACCAAGCUAACUCUGAUCAAGAGAGAGUGGAAGAUAUGUCUAGCUUUCCUGCUUGUAUUGGGAAAACAUCUGUGCCUAAGGAUCCCCUGCGUAACCCACAGCUUUCAGAUUUCGGUCUUUCACAGUACGCAUUCUCCAGAACUUGGGAUAUGAUUGAUGUACAACCCCAGACAAAUAUGCAUAAAGAAGAUUCAAGAAAUAGAAUUCCAACUCCCAAACAGACCCCAUAUAUAGUGCCCAAAACACCAAAAUGUACAUUAAAGAUGGAUGAUUAUGAGUGUUUAACUCCAAAGCUUGAACAUUUUGGCAUUAGUGAACAUACCAUGUGUUUGAAUGAAGACUAUACAAUGGCACUUAUUAAUAAAAAUGUUCAGACAAGAAAAAAUUUUCCUAAGGAAGAUGAUAAUGAAAUGUGUGUGGCAGCAGAAACAUCAAAGUCCAGGGAAAUCAUGGUUACUCCUGGACCAGCAAUGAAAACACCUAGCGAAAAUGCUGUUGAUUGCCUGGCUUCUCCUUUGAUACCUGUGUUCUGCACUCCUGGUCUGAAAAUUCCUUCCAGAAAGGACAAUACCAUCUUACCCAAAUCCCCGAAGAUGAAAGAAUCAAAUAUUUCUAAUCAGACAGCAACACCCACUCUUCCAGACUUUGGAACAGGCUGGCUAAAAACAGAAAGUAAACCAUUAAAGGGGAACAAGGCUGAGUCACUGCCAGAGAUUGAUAUGACAGUUAAACAACACAAAGAAGAUUGUGCUCCUCCUAUUUUAAGUUCUGACAAGUAUAUUGAACAUCUUGGAAGACCCUCUCUUCCAAAACUAUCUGACUAUGAAAAUCUCCUUAAUACUCCUCCACCUCCAGAAAUAACAAAGAUACCAGAAGACAUUCUGCAGAUAUUAUCAAAGUAUAAUCCAAAAACAGAUACACCUACAGUAAUGAAAAAGGAGAUCAAAACAGGAACUGCUACAAGAUUUGAAAGGAAUAUCCCAGAUUAUUGCAACAAAGAGAACAGAGGAUAUUUUGAAUCUAUCAAAUCAAAUGAUUGAGAGUGAGCUGGGCAUGGUUCUGGAUUUUGAGCCACAUUCAUGGAUCCUUCUGAGUCUUACAGAGCUUAAAAAGUUUGAAGAAAUAGGUCUUUUUUCACUGGUUUUCUAUAUCUCAAUUUCUAAUAACUUUCAGCAAGUCACAAAGAACUAGUUAUGCAAAACUCUCAUGGAAAAGAUCUACAUUGUCAUAACUUUGCCUUUCUUCAACAAAAUACAUCUCCAUGGCACUAGCUACAAACUUGGAAGUGGGAGACACAAGAGAAAGAGGACUCGUCUGGGGAUUGGUCCUGCUUUGAGCAGGAGGUUGGACUAGAUGAUCUCCUGAGGUCCCUUCCAACCCUAAUCUUCUAUGAUUCUAUGACUUCUUAUACACAGGACCUUGGGCAAGUAAAAUCGUUUUAAUUACCAAUUUGUACUAAAUCUCAUAUUAAAAUA